CCCGCUAUUCUUUCUUACACUCAGAUGACCGAUCCACACUGCCACAUACACCUGACCUAUGCGGGUGCUGCGUCCGCUACUUAGACAACUAGCCGCCCGGUAGGGUUGACGUUCAACGCACAAUACACAAUCGUAUUCGCUCAGAAGCUCCAAGAGAAUCGUAACUGGGAACCCCAGCUGAAGGCCUUCGAGCUAUCUGAUACAUCAUGGCUACAAGCGGAGUCGAAGACCCGUACACACCAGGCCAUAUUAUCAUCGCAAGUGACGCCGACCGAAACCUCUUCCUCAAACUUGCCACCUAUCCGAACGAUGCGAAGGAGAGGAUCCGCAUUCUAGAACUCCAUCUGGACGCCGAAGAAAUGGACGCAUAUCAAGAAGACAAGCUCGCAAUGGCGCUUAACGAGUUCCACCCGCGUCCAGACGGGACGAAUCCGCACAAUCUAGACGGUGUCAAGAUUGUUGUUUUCGGCAGAACCCUCUUCACCCGCUACAACUACCACCUCGUCUCUCCUGCGGUAUCCUACGACGUCAAAGGAAAGCUGAAUCAGUUUCUCACGAAUAAUUUGUCUUCGGAAACGAAGGCAAGCCUUCCAUACAAGAUCAACAGCACCGAGAAAGUCCUUGCUAGAGCCUUGCUUGGAAUACGCGGAGUUAGGCAAAUCCUCGUCAUGGACAGAGGGAGGUUGGAGGCAGGAUUUGAAGAGACGAUCACACAAUCACUUCUUCUUCCUCCUGGAGCUCAAGAGGUCAAAGUUUCUUCGGUUACGGUGGGAGGACGAUAUGCAACGCCAGAGCUCGAUAGGGAAGGCGAGUUUUACUCUAGGGGUUACGAUCAAGCCGCACAAAAUCCUUACCCCACACACGACUAUAAGCUCAAGACGAGGACUUUGGGAGACAAGGACGAAGACAGCGUCUUGCUCGACGAAACCACCAUGCUGCUUGGCCACUUCCUCAACCUCGACGAAGACCAAGCUAGAAUCGAAGCUGCCGCAACAGCAGCGAAGCAGCAUCGAAGGGAAAGGCGAACUUUCGACGAAGAACUUGGCUUUCUGGACGAGCUUCCCCAGCACGGCCGUGGCCUCCGCUCCAAUAGGACGCAGCAGCAAGGAGUAAGCGCAAGGAAUGCCGGCAAUAGGGACACUAAUUUGCUCCCUCAUCUCGGUCUACACAAUAUGGUGCGGCUUAAUGCCGGACAUCAAGUUGCAGAGGAUUUGGGCUUCGCAAAGCAAGACUUGAGCGAGACAAAUCUUAACUCGUUUCCUCAUCAAGGUUCUAGAGCGGCUCUGCCGAAAGGCUUGGAGCAUUCGUGGCUCGUGUUGACGGGCAAGGGAAAUACGGUGGAGAUGGGGUGGAAGAUUUGAGUGAGCGUUCGGGCUACGACAGGAUGGAAAGAAUGGGUGCAAAUAGAUGGAAAUGGGGAGUAGAGAAGGAUUAUCCUGCCCUUGGCAAGGUUGGUUCAUUCUUUUGGGCCUUGCGGUAGAUCAACUGCACCUCGGACGCUUUCCUGCCACCAGCGGAAUGGAGACAACGGAUGCGGACGAAUGAAUUACCCCAUGAAGAUAUGAAGCGGUGGCGCGCAAGUGUUUUGAGAGAUGUUACGAUGAGUUAUUUGAGAGGCCUGGAGGAGAUGCAUCCAU